AUGAAAGGGUGGAUGUCCAUAAGUGCAUUCGAACAGAGACGAGCUCAAGAGCCAUUGAUUUUGUUGCAGAACAUGUCGCGUCGCGCUCCUCCACCAAUUGAUGGCUUGUACUCCUUGAAGGUUGACAACAUCUCCUACAACACAACACAGGCGGAUUUGCGCAGAAUGUUUGAUAAAUACGGUGAAAUUGGAGACAUCCAUAUACCUAGAGACAAAUAUACCAGGCAAAGCAAAGGAUUUGGUUUUGUACGCUUUUAUAGCCGUCGUGAUGCCGAGUAUGCCAUGGAUCGAACUGACGGACGUUGGGUUGAAGGUCGUGAAAUCCGUGUUGCUAUGGCCAGAUACGAACGACCUAUCGAUGAGAGAGGCGCUUACACACGACGUGGAAGGUCACGCUCACGUUCCCCUCGCAGACGUAGUCGCAGUCGUUCACCUCGUCGCUCAUCCAGAUCCCGUUCUCCUCGCAGCAGAAGUCGAAGCGCGUCGCCUCGUAGCCGCAGCCGCAGCGCCAGUCCGCGAGGUCGCCGAUCCCCAUCGCCAAAUGAAAAAGAUGCUUCUCCCAGACGAGCAGGAUCAGAUGACCGCAAGUCAAAAUCAGGCAGCGCUACCCGCUCGGGCUCGAACAGCCCUCGUGAUCGCGAUUGAAGACAAUUAUGUUGUUCUAGGAGCAUAAAUUAAUGCUACCGUGACAUCCUGUAUCUGCUCCUUGAUCCUUUGUGGCUACAACUGGUGUAAAUGGUAUUAUUGUUGUGAAUUGUGUUGUAUGACUGAGUUGAAAUUUUGUUCCUUAGCUUCAUAUAAUAUUAUGAAUAUUGUAUUUUGCUGG